CGCCCUCCCCGCUCUUUCUCGCGCUCCCUCGACAUCCGCGAUGGCCGCCCCCAAGUCCGUCGCCAGGCUCGUCGCCUAUUCCCGCCCUACAGCCUUUCCUCUUCGCACCUCGCCGCUGGGCUCCAUCGCAAACUUCUCCUCGUCGGUGAGCCGGGCAGCUACCCCAGCUGGUCCCCCCCAGCCGGGCUUCCGUCUGCCCCCUCCGAAGAAAUGGGACGAGGGCUCCGAGUCCUCCCUCGACAAGGCCGGCAAGUACUUCCUCAUGGCUGAGCUGUUCCGCGGCAUGUACGUCGUGCUGGAGCAGUUCUUCAGACCUCCUUACACCAUCUUCUACCCUUUCGAGAAGGGUCCCAUCUCCCCCCGUUUCCGUGGCGAACACGCCCUGCGUCGCUACCCCACCGGUGAAGAGCGCUGCAUCGCCUGCAAGCUCUGCGAGGCCAUCUGCCCAGCCCAGGCUAUCACCAUCGAGGCUGAGGAGCGUGAGGAUGGAAGCCGUCGGACGACGCGUUACGAUAUCGACAUGACCAAGUGCAUCUACUGCGGUUACUGCCAGGAGAGUUGCCCGGUCGACGCCAUUGUUGAGACUUCCAACGCCGAGUACGCCACCGAGACCCGUGAAGAGUUGCUGUACAACAAGGAGAAGCUCCUUGCCAACGGUGACAAGUGGGAGCCCGAAAUCGCUGCUGCCAUCAGAGCCGAUGCUCCUUACCGUUAAGCUGCAUCUAGGCAACUGACACCAGCCAUGGUGCCUAUCUGACACUCCAGUGAAAGAGAUGCAAACAAACAUGAUAUAAGAAGAAAGUCUUUCCGAGCUAGAAAGCCUGGCUUGUAGCCACCCCAUUUAUUCCCACUCUGUACAUAUCUAACGCCCAUCCCUCCCCCUCCCCCUGAUUACCUUCUGUACUAGUCGGGUCUACCGGAAUUCCUCAGUCAUCCGAUUCCGGGUCUGGUUUUGUCUUUGAUGUUGAAAUCCUGCAUGUCGUGUUGCUUCUACUUCUGUUUGUCUAGGAAUCCAAUCAAAGAAUUUUUCCUUUGUUCUGCUGCUGGAGUAGGUCUUGAAUUUAGCCAAUGAAUCCCAUCCAAGACAGCAGUGACUACUGUCAUUGCAUCCACG